UAUGCCAAUUAGUAUAUUUAAUUUUGUUGUUGAUAUCUCUGAUAUUACAAGAGGUACGGCAAUCCAAUGGCUCCCCGUUGUUCAAGUCAACGACAGAGUCAAAACAACUUGACAAGUUCUCAAACUCACCAGCAGAUUGUCGUGUAAAUAAAAGAAGAUGAGUAGUGGAUUCAUCAGUGAGAAAGAUGUUGCGGAACGCCGACGAGUGAGACAAGAAAACUGGGAAAAAAACAGAAAAGAAGAUGAUCCUUUGGAAGCUCCUGAAGAGCCACCUCCGGAUCAUCGUUCUUUGUACGAUCGUCUCCAAGAACAGCGGCAGAAAAAGCAAGAAGAGUAUGAUGAAGCCCAUAAGUUCAAGAACAUGGUAAGAGGUUUGGAGGAUGAUGAAGUGGACUUUUUAGAGCUUGUUGAUCGAAGCAAAUUGCAAGAGGAAAAGAGAGUUCGCACUGAGGAAAAUACUGCCAUGGCUGAAUACAGGAAAAAGGUAUCAGCCAUGCAGAAGAACUGUGCUGAAGAGGAAAUGAGAGCUGAGAUGCGAGUGGGAGAAAAGAAGCCAACAGGAGGCAGUGGUAUUAAAUCGCACUUGUCCCUUUUGGCUGGUGCUAUCAAGAGGAAGCACAGUGAUGAUGAUAAAACUCUAGAAGACGUCAAGGCUUCUAAACUGCCAAAUACUAGUAAUGCUAGUAAUGGUGAAAAAGAAGAGACACACAGCAAUAAAAUGAGUACAAAGCCAGGCUUCCAAUGUAUUGCAGUUUUGCCAGGGUUGGGGGUAUACACAGACUCCAGUGAUUCUGAUAACAAUGUUGAUUCGGACAGUGACGAAGAUGAUACACAACCUCCACCUCCACAGCAACCCCGCGACAUAACAGGGCGAAUUGUGAAGGCUCCUGCACAGUGUAGUCAGUCCAGUUGAUUUUUGAAAUUGAACAGCUGGUGUUUUUAGGGCAUCUGGAUUUUAAAUCAUAAGAGGAAAUCCUUUAGUACGACUGUUAUAAUAUUUAAGGCAUUGUUCUGUUAUAAGUGCAAAUAAAAACGAAGUCCCAAGACAAA